AUGAAGGCGCACUCUGAGGCCAACAUGAGGCCCUCGAGCUGGAAAGCGUUGGCCGUCCUCGCCUUGGUCCUGGCGUUGACGGCGAAGUCGACCGAGGCGAAGCCGAAGGCGAAGGCGCCGCGGGCGCGGGCGAAGGCCCAAGGCCAGGGGGCCCAAGCCCAGGGGGACACGGCGAUCAGCUACGAAGACAUCCUCGACACUUACGACGAGUACGACAAGGAGGAUUACACCUACGAGGAGGAGGGGGAGCCGGGGGUGACUGCUGCUCCCGUUCCCGUCGAAGGAAUUAAUUGGAGACUGGGAUCGUGGGUAUUCGAGCGGACACAGCCUGGCCUCGACAACCUCCGUUCCCGGGAAACACUUUCCGCCAAUGCCCUCCCUCCUUGCCGUCCCCAUCGAACCAAUCCCGUGCCGCUUCCCCAUCCCAGAACCCGCUGUCAGCCAAUCGCGUGCUCCCUCCCCGCAGGCGAGAGCCUCGUGUACCCCGAGCGGAGCUGCACGUUCGAGGGCCGGACGUACGUCGACGGAGACGAGUGGAAUCCGGACGACUGCACGACCUGUCGAUGCGUGGCAGGCAAUGUCGAAUGCAGCACCGCUGGAUGCCCCGAUCCGGACUCGCCCGAUCCCUGCGGCGGCAUCAUUUGCCCCGAUAUCGAAUGCCUCACGACCAAAUACAUCCCACUCGGGCAAUGCUGUCCCGUCUGCGCUGAGCCAGUGAUACCCGAUCGGUCCUUGCCACCUUCCUCGGCUCCCUUGCCCAAGCCUCAACCGGAGAGCGAAGUCGUCGGCUCCCAAGUCGACGCAUUCGGAUUCCCCGGACCAAGGGUGAAGAAAACCCCAAACCCCAACCUCAACCCCAACCUCCAAGACUCACUGACCUGCUUUCUCCUGUCUAGGGUCAGCAAGGCGACCCCGGCCCACCCGGGCGUCCCGGCGAAUCCGGCAUACCCGGCUCACCCGGCGUGCACGGCAUCCCUGGACCACCCGGGCCUCCUGGCCCUGCUCCCGAUGACUUCUUCCGCAAAGCCACAUAACAAUCCCUCGAACCUGAUCGCCCCGUGGGUGAACCAGCUGUCGACGUCCCAAGGAGGAGAGAAGGGGCCGGGGCCGAAUCCUUUCUCAUAUCUGCAGGCUCAGGUGGGGCCGAUCGGCCCCCGGGGGCCGCCGGGGCCCCAGGGGGCCCCAGGACCUCAGGGCUUCCAGGGGACCAGGGGAGAAGGCGGGGACCCGGGCCCAGUCGGCCCACCGGGCCAACCUGGACCUCGAGGACUUCCUGGAGUACCGGGCAAAGAUGGAGCAGGCGGAGACGACGGAACACCAGGCCCAGAGGGCCCACCUGGACCCCCAGGACCUCGCGGCCUUCCUGGGAUGCCCGGCCUUCCGGGCGCCAAAGGACACCGAGGAUUCCCCGGACUCGACGGAUCCAAGGGAGAACAAGGAUUGAUGGGAGUCAAGGGAGCUUCGGGUCCUCCGGGUCCGAUGGGUGCAACAGGAGCGAUUGGACCAGCCGGGCCGAGAGGAGAGCGGGGUCGAGAUGGUCCGCCCGGGCCGCCUGGACUCCGGGGUCUUGAUGGGGUAGCAGGGCCGCCGGGGCCGCCCGGGGCCAUUGGGAAGCCCGGUCCACCUGGGUUCCCAGGGAGCCCAGGUGCCAAGGGAGACAUGGGAGCACCGGGUCCGAAGGGAAGCCAGGGUCUUCAGGGUCCGCGAGGUGAGGCGGGGAAGCCCGGGACGCCAGGGGAUCAGGGACCGCCAGGGCCGCCUGGGAAGGACGGCCUCCCCGGGGAGAAGGGAAGCGUCGGCGCUGCAGGGAUGACCGGACCGCCAGGGUUCCCCGGUGCACGGGGGGCGCCUGGGGAGACUGGAAGCCCGGGGCCCAUGGGGGCCAAGGGUGCACCGGGUCUGUCUGGAGAGCGAGGAUUCAAGGGAGACAUGGGAAUCAAGGGAGAAACGGGAGCCAUCGGCCCCAGAGGUCUCCCUGGAGAAGCAGGCAAAGACGGGAAAACGGGAAAGAGAGGCAUGAGAGGUCCCAUGGGGCCGCCAGGGGUCCAGGGAGAGAGGGGACCCCCAGGCGGAAGAGGACUCCCGGGACCAGACGGACCGCCAGGACCUAAAGGACAAACGGGAGAUCCGGGACCAGUGGGUCCGAUGGGGCUCAAGGGUGGGCAGGGUGACCCAGGGACCCCUGGACCUCCAGGACUUCAAGGACUCAGGGGACUGCCGGGACGACCCGGCCUCGAGGGAAAGACGGGGCGAGUCGGGGAUCGGGGUCUGCCAGGAGCGGACGGGAAACCGGGUGAUCAGGGACUUGCGGGACCGCAGGGCCUUCCGGGGCCGAUGGGACCGCGAGGGGACAAGGGGCCGAUUGUGGGUGCUCCCUUUUUCUUCUCUUGGGGCUCUGUUUUUCUCGGCUCUACGAGUUGGGGCGUUUCGAGUAGGGACUGCCGGGGAAAGACGGGGAGCCGGGUCCGCCGGGUGCCCCGGGGCCGCGGGGCGAUGCGGGGACCGAUGGGUCGCCUGGACCGCAGGGCCCUCCUGGACCGCCUGGACAAGAUGGGGAACGAGGACAGCCUGGGCAGCCGGGAUCAAGGGGAUUUCAGGGACUGCCUGGAACGCCUGGAAACCCAGGCGCGCCCGGAAAGGACGGAGAAGCUGGCCUACAGGGACCACCAGGACAAGCGGGGCCGAGCGGCCCCCGCGGAGAGCGAGGCUUCCCGGGCGACCGCGGAGCCCAGGGACCACCAGGGCCGCCAGGCUCUCGCGGCGAACCCGGACUCAUGGGGAAAGACGGGCCGACGGGUCCCCAGGGGUCGAAGGGCGAGAAGGGACACGCCGGGCCAGCCGGUCUCGUCGGAUUGCCCGGAGCCAGGGGUCAACCAGGACCGAUCGGCCCCGAGGGCCCCCCAGGGCGACAGGGCGAGCGCGGUCUGCAAGGCAUCAUGGGACCCCCGGGACCCCCAGGCGAACCGGCCGAGAAGGGCGAGGCGGGCCCACCGGGCCCGAUCGGGGAAUUGGGGGCGCCCGGACCUCCAGGGGAACGCGGUCCGGUCGGACCUCAAGGUCUCCAGGGUUUCCCUGGUCCGAUGGGUGCACCUGGGACACCAGGAACCAAGGGACAACGAGGACUUCCAGGACCGAAAGGAGAACAAGGAGCAACCGGCCAAUCUGAAUUCAUCAACUGUGCAAAUUUUCUCCCCAGGUCAAAGAGGCGAACAAGGUGUGCAGGGCUUGACAGGACUGCCGGGUCCCAAGGGCAUGCGAGGAGAGCCUGGUCCGCUAGGGGCCCAAGGGAUCACUGGGCCGCCUGGGAGGCCAGGAGAAGCCGGAGCGCCUGGUCUGCAAGGAGCAAUGGGUCCAUCGGGGCCGAUGGGCCUGCCGGGGAUCAAGGGCCAGCCGGGAGAAACCGGGCGCACGGGGAAUCCGGGUCCCGUGGGCCAGCCGGGGACCCCCGGCCCCGAGGGCCCCAAGGGGGAGCAAGGGUCGGAAGGGCCGAUCGGACCGGGUGGGCGACCGGGGCCGCAGGGCCCUCCGGGAGACCGGGGCCUGCCAGGCCUGCCUGGGUCGCCCGGGCCGCAGGGGAUGGCAGGCGCAAGAGGAUCAGCCGGAGAGCCAGGGCCGCCAGGGAGGCCAGGGAGCGAAGGGCCGAAGGGAGAUCCGGGUCUACUGGGACCGAUGGGACCGCCCGGUCCGCCUGGGGAGAGGGGAUCGGAUGGACCGGAAGGAAAGAUGGGACCGCAUGGGAUCUCCGGACGACCAGGGGACAAGGGACCGCCUGGACCGGCCGGCGACCCAGGGCCGACCGGGCCGAUGGGGCUUCAGGUCAGGAGAUUCUCACAUCUUUCUGCGUUUCGGCGAUCCGUUGGUGACGGUUUGAGGGUGCUCAGGGUGCGCCGGGGCCGCAAGGUGCGCCGGGGUCGACCGGAGAACGAGGGCCGCAGGGCGAGGCAGGGCCGCCGGGCGUGGGAGGACCCAUCGGGCCGCGGGGAAGUCCAGGGGCUCCGGGCCCGCAGGGCCUCAAGGGCGACAUGGGCUCCACCGGUCAAAAGGGAGACAAGGGACACCAAGGGCUCAUCGGGCUUCAAGGAUUACCUGGACAAAAGGGUCCGCAAGGAGAAAGAGGACUGCCUGGUCCAAUGGGACCAACUGGAAAAGAUGGCGAAGCUGGUCCUCGCGACGCUGGGCGGCUCAUUCGUGUCUUGCGCAGGGCCGCCGGGUCAGGACGGGUCGAUGGGGCCGCCGGGCUUGAUGGGUCCGCCGGGGCCGCGCGGGUCGCCGGGAGACUCAGGGUCGUCCGGCGUGCCGGGCCCAAGCGGACCACCGGGUCCACCGGGUCCGCCGGGCGAAGGGUUCGGAUACGACGCUGCGGCUCUGGCUGCCCUUCUCGGUCAAGGUCAAACCAAGGGCCCCGACCCGUACAGCGGCGACGAGCCCGCCCGGAUCUUCGCCGAGGACACCCCGCUGGAGGAGAAGAAACAGCUGAUCUUCAAGGCCUACGAGCAGCUGAAGGACAGCUUCAGCCGGCUGAAGAAGCCCGACGGGACGAAGGAGGCCCCGGCCAAGACCUGCAGGGACCUCAAGGCCGCUUACCCCGACAAGCCAUCCGGCGAGUACUGGAUCGACCCGAACCAAGGCAGCGCCAAGGACGCCAUCAUGGUCCACUGCGACAUGGACAGGAAGGCCACGUGCCUCCUGGCCACCCCGAAGGUCACGGGGGAGAUCGUCAACGUCGACAAGACCCAGGGCAAGAAGCCGAAGGUGGACACGCACUGGCUCAACGAGGAACUCGCCGACGGAGGAGCCUUCCACUACAAGGCGGACAGCAACCAGAUCGCCUUCCUCCAACUGCUCUCGACGAAGGCGGACCAGAAGCUGACCUACCACUGCAAGAACAGCGUGGCGUACUUCGACGCGGCGAAGAAGACGUUCCGCUUCGCGGCCACGCUGCUCGCCUGGAACGACCUCGAGCUGCAUGCCAAGGGGAAGCAGAGGUUCAGGUACGAAGUGGUCGAAGACGGAUGCAAGGAUUCCUCUGGAGAUUGGGCGAAGACGGUGUUCACUUACGAAUCGGACCACCCUCAACGCCUACCGAUCGCCGAUAUCGGCGUCAUCGAUAUCGGCAACCCCGACCAGGCCUUCAAGCUGGAGGUGGGCCAGGCCUGCUUCUACUGAAUUCCCCCCUCGAACUCCCUGUGAUCAGUGUCUUUUGGCUCGGGUUUCCGGUGAGACAAAAUUUCUGCACGAAAACAGCGCAAAAUUUUUUCUGCACAAUUCCCCGGGAGUGCGAAGACCCGGAGGCACCAUCGCGUACACGUUCCUCGCCGUUCUUGUACAUUGAUCAACCACUGCCAUCCUCGUGUCGCAUGAUACGAUGCCUAUUUUUAACACUGCCUUCUCUCUAUUUUUUAUCCUUCAUUUAUGGAGAAACAAAUAAAAAGUAGGAAUUACUCGGAGGGAA